GUCCAGGGGCGUGGUCCUCACGCCCUCCUGUCCUCGUCCUUCUGUCUGCUCGGCUCUCCCACUCAGACGACAGGACGGGAAUGGCGUUGGCUUUGAAGUCAGACCCGUCUGGGUCCGCUCCCGGCCUGGCCCCUUUCCUUGCAGCCGACACGGGCAAAGUACUUGCUGCCCCGAGUCUUAACUCCUUCUGGGGGACGGGGGUGACGGUCCCCAUGCAGCGCCUCACCCCUGCUCUCUCUUGGGCAUAACUAGACGGUUAGACCCGCAGGACUUCCGGACCCUGGUUCCCUCCCUGGCACUGGCCCUGCAUGGAGACCAAGCAACCCGCGGGGGACCGGGAGCCGUUCUCUGAGACAGCUCAGGUGCGCGGGAAUGAGACCACACAAGCAGGGUGUUGUCCCACACAAUCUGAAGGCACCGCGGCCUCCUGGAAAUCUCCAGAAAGUCAGAGUCGCAGAUCCACUUCAUGGCAUUAAGUCUUGACCCGUGAACUAUGCACGCGAUGGAGCCCGCAGCCAGAGGGCGGACUGAGAAAAGCUUCAGCUACGUUGUCAGAGCCCCCGGCAGCGAUGGGUUUGAUGUGAUGAACGUUGACGUGAAGAUUGACACGUGCUGGGUAUUCCAGGACGUAGAGGACGGUGGUGAGGGGCCCGGCUGUCUUCCGGCAGCGGGAAGCCCAGACACGGAUGCCGGCGUGCUCAGGAAGCAGCUGGAAUCCUCAGAGCAGAAGCUGCUGGCGGCUGUGGACAAGCAUGUGAUGUCGGAGUCCAGGCUCAGAAGCAGAAUCCAGGAGCUAGAGCUGUCGGAGAGACAGCUCCUCCAGAGUGUGGACCAGCUGAACGCCCGCGUGUUGCAGGAAAGGAGGGACGCUGCCCGGGCCCAGGAGAAGCUCCAAGCCCUGCGGGACGAGCUUGCCAGCCAGGUUCUGGAGAAGGAGCGCGCGGCCAGGCGGCAGCGGUGGCGGCUGCGGCGGCUGCGGGAGCGGCUGCGGCGCAAGGACGAGGCGCUGGGGCGGCAGGCGGCGGCCCUGGAGCGCUGCCGAGGGACACAGCGGCGCCAGCUGGCCCUGGUGCGCGAGCAGGAGCGCGGCCUGCGGGAGCAGGUGCGGCGGCUGGAGCGGGACGUGCGGCGCCUCUGUCACGCGGCCGGCCUCCUGCUGGCGGAGCUGGACGCCCCGGCCGCGCGUGGCCCCCGCGCCCUCGGCCCGGCCGACCCCGGUGGGGAGGCCGAGGAGCUGCGCGCCCUGCAGGCGCGGGCCGAGCGCGGCGAGCGCGAGCGGGACGAAGCGGCGCGCCGGUUGCGGGAGCAGCGCGCCACGGAACGCCGGCUCCGCGGGCAGCUGGAGGAUCUUCGCUGCUGCAUCUACGAGCUCAAGCUGUCGGAGAUCGGCCUGCAGGGCCAGGUGGAGGACCUCGCCCAGCAAAACCGCAGCCUGCGAGAGGAGCUGGGGGCCCAAGCCCCCGGGGAGAGCGCGCGCAGCACUGCCUCUGCCGGUCAGUGCAGCCGGGACGCCCUGAGCCAGCUUCAGGACGAGCCACUGGCCCUGCCCGGGGAGGGCGCCCUGGAUGCCUGCCGAAGCCGAGGCUUGCAGACCACCCUCUGCUCCCACGGCGCCCCUGGCCCGAGAAGCUCAGCAGGCCAGCCCUCCGAGGCGUGCUGCUCCCGGGACGGUGUCGGGGCCGGGCAGGGCCCCUGUGUUGUGGUGGCAGGCCUGGAGGCCACAGAUGAGACCUUGGAAGACGUCACAGGAUCUGACCGUGGACGGCGGACUCCGGCUGAGCCCAGCUUGGAUGCACAGACUUUUCUCCUCAUCUGUGGCUGCCCCCCCGGCCAGUACAGGGAUGGCUCACUCCUCCCCGUGGAGCUGGCUGGGAUUUCGGAGCAGAGGCUAGCAGCUGCCCAGGUCCUGGUGCAGACGUCCACACUCCCUCCCUGGGGGCCGGCCGGGGACCCCUCUUCCCUGCCGCCGCUGCUCCUGCUCCAGGAGGCUUCUCCACAAGAAUCCCAGAUGCGACGGAUGCUGGACGCCAGGUUCCCACCUGCUCCCGGAGCCGGAGGACCCACCUGCCGGAAUCCCCACUGGAGAAGGGGCCAGAAUGCCUCCCUCUGCCACGAGCCCCCCGAGAUCUCAAGUCACAAAUUCAAGUCACCCAGAGAUGGAGGAGGGCCCGCAGAGUGGAGAACCGAGGAGCGGGGGGCGAGGAGGAGUCGGGGCAGGAAGGAGGCAGACCUUGGUGACGAGAGCAAGCUAAGUCAGGAAAGCCGAGACAACCCGAGCCCGGGGGACGGUGUCAGAGCCCCAGAGGGUGAGCCGGUCGAGAACGGGGCCUCAGAAACCCAGGCCUCUGUCUCCUGCCCUUGGCCCAGGCCAAAGCUCCCAUGGCCUCUUUUGCAGGAGGAGGCCUCCGUGUCACCUGAGGGUCCCGCACCCCUGAGUAGGAGGCGGAGGGAGGGAGGGCUUUCGUCACCGGAGGAGGAAGAGGCCCCCCCAGCCAGGGCCCAGGGCUCCCAGAGGCCAAGUCCAGGAGGCACUCAGCUCCUUGUGGGGCAGGGCGAGGAGGAAACGCUUGUGUGGUCUGCAAAUGGUCUGAAUCUGCAAGAGGAAAGCCCUGGGGACCAAAGGCAAGGAGAGAAGGAGGAGAAAGCACCACCUCUAGAAGGGUCUCGUCUGGCCCACAGGGAUGUCCCAGGGGAGCCUGGCCCCGAGGAACGUGAGCACCAGGAAACGCUCUCCCCGGUGACAGAGGGAGGUCUGACACUGUCUCCCCGAUCGGCCUUUCCACCCAGGGGAACUGAACCUACCAGUGAUCCGUGGGCUCUGAGCCAACAACCUGACAGGUCUGAGCUCAGAAGAGACGAAUUUGGGAAGGAGGCAGAAGCUUCUUCCCAGCAACUCUCCAUCCUGCAGCGUGGGGGCGGGGGGCGAUGGUGGCCAACCUCCACGCCAGCCGGAGGAAGCAAGAGCUUGGCUCGGAAACAGCACAGCCCCCCGGAGAAUGCUCACUCCCAGCAGGCUUUGGCAAACCAGGGCUCGGAUAUUUGUUUGGCCAGAGAGGUCAGACCCGGGGGGACCAACGAAGAGGUCGGACCAGGUGGGACGGAGGUCCUGGGGGCCAGCACCGUUCUCCCAGGGAUGGUGCCUGAUUCAGAGGACGUGGGUCCGGGUCCAGAGAGGCCCUCCGAGCUGGGUGGGAACCAGCCCUCCCAGCCACUGAGAGCCCUUGAAGAAGAGAGGAGAAGGUUUCACCAGCUCCUUUCUGGGCUGAAACGAGAGAGAAGCCAAGUUUUACGUGACAACGCCGAGCUGCGGGGCGACCGAGAGAGAUGCCGUCGAGAAGUGUGCGCCCUCGAGGAAGAGAGGGAGAGAAAUGUGACAAAGAUGGCGACCCUCGAACGGGACAACAGCAUGCUGGUAGGAGACAUCGCGCACUUGAAGAGGGAGCUGGCCCAAUACCGGCAGGUCGUUUCUGACCUGGAAGACUGCAAUGGGAAAAGUUACGGCAAAAUUUCCGAGCUCGAAGAGGAGAACGAGCAACUGAAAGGGCGCCUGGCCCAGCUUCAGAGAGCCACGGCCGAGAGCGCCAGAACAUCCAAGGGUGUGAUGGAGCACGUCACAAUGGAAAACCGGGAGCUCAAGGCGCUGAUCUCGGAGCUCGGGGUCAGUUACAAAGAGCUGAUGAAGGGCGUGGUGCUGGGGAUAGAAGACACGGUCCAGGCCUUCAGGGGGGAGAACACCCAUCUUCUGAGCAGGAUCCGCAUCCUGGAGACAGAAGUCGCGUUGGGGGCCAGCACAGCUGGGGGCCGCUUGGUGAGAGCGGAGGAGGGUCCGCAGGGGGAAAGCAAGAUGGCGGGGGGCAAGGAGGGCGCUGUGGAAAGGGGGGUGCAGGUGACUCAGUUGUCAGGGCAACUGACCGCAGAAGCCCACGGGCCGCCCUUGGAGGAGAAACCAGGUCUGGCUGGCAGGUGGAUGGGGCCUUCCUUACGCAUGGAGAAUUCCAGAAACGAUGGCAAUUCAGCUGCUUCGUCGCUGGUGGGGGGAAGUGCCGAGGUAUCCAGUGCCCUGCGAGGAAACAUCGACGGAGCAGGAGCGAGAGAAGCACGUUUGGAAAAGGAGGAGAAAAGACCAUGGUGUUCUGCAGACCCAGGGCGAGCUCUGAGGGCAAGCAACGGCCCCCAGGGCACGGAGACAGACACCCCCAAAGAGGACCUCAGGCUGUGCAUUGGGCACCUCCAGCACCAGGUGCUGACCCUGCGGUGCCAGCUCAGAGACCAGGCUUCUGCCCACCGGGUACUGCAGGUGUCACAUGGGGAAGCCACCCGCCUCCGGGACCAGCUCAAGGGCCAGCUUGAGGAACUUCAGAGAAAGCAACACGAGGCAAAUUCGGCCGUGGCUCCUUUGAAGGCCAAGCUGGCUUCUCUGGUCCAGAAGUGCCGGGAGAGGAACCGCCUCAUCACGCACCUGCUGCAGGAGCUGCACCGACGCGGGGCCGAGGAUCACCUGCUCUCCGAGACGGCGCGGGGCAUGGUGGAUGACGUGGCACUGGCCGAGUACGCGGCCACCUUCCUGGUUCCGGCGCUCCCAGAGACCAGCCACCACCUGGAUGUCGAGUCUGAGACGGCAGCAGCUGUAAGAGCUCAGAAGUACCUCCCGAAGCCCAAAACAGACAGUGUCAUCAUCCAAAGACCUUUGCAUUCAGAGUCCUGGCCUGUUCCCGAGGCUGAGUGGCCAGCACAGAACACGGCUAGACCGGAUUCACCAAAGCUUCCCCCGCCCUCAGGGCCGACGCCUGGUCCCGGAGCGUGUCCGUGUCCGGCUGCAGCCGCCGUGGAGCCCGCGUGCCCUGCGCGACGCCCGCGGGGAGAAGGCGGGCUGUCCUGUCCCGUCCUCCGCGCCGAUGACCCCCCGCCACCCUCUGAGCUCCUGAGUCCUGCGAGGAUCCUGGCUGUCCACAAAGAGCUCACACAAAGCAUUCGCAGCAAUGCCCGGGUCCAUCGAUCACCGCUGGAGUUAUAAAUUUAAUAGAAGCGCUCACGCUCCGGGGCCGUUUCAUAGACUCCAUAAAUAUUUGAAGCCGAGCCUUCAGACACGGCUUUAAGGAAUUGGUAGCAAUCAAAGCCCUCAUUCGGUGGCAAGUGGUUUUGCCUCUAGCUCGGGGGUCUGUGCUGCUCGUCGGAGCUUGGGAGAAAUACUCGACUGUGCCCGACACAUUCCGAGAGCUUUGUCAAGGCAGCAAAGGGAAUAUUUACCGUACCAAAACCUAUUGAAAGACUGGUCCGGUGGUUCUCAACUGGGCGUGAUUUUUCCCAACCAGGGAAAAAAUUGGCAACGUCCGGAGACAUUUUCUAUGGCCCUACCUCGGAAGCCGCUCCCGGCAUCUGGUGGGUAGAGGCCGGGGAUGCUGUUAAACAUCCCACGAUGCACAAGGCAGUGUCCUACAACACAGGUAAUCCAGCCCAGAUGUCAACAGCGCCGGGGUUGGGAACCCCUGAACUGGUCUAUCAGCUCCUAACAUUGGCAGCCACAGAGACCUGUGUUGUUAUUUUCCUGCCCUUGGGGCCCCUCCCCAUGUGUGAAAAGAGUUUUGUCUACUAGAUGAAAUGCUUGAUUUAAGUAAUUAUAUAUUUUACGUGUUAAGGCAUUAAAACCCAUCGGAACUUUCUAAAGGCCCAUUCGUUCAACCAGCAUUUGUUGACAUCCAGCGAAUGCCAGGAAGUAUAAUGUGAGGGAGAGGGAGGUGAGCCAACUCUGGUCCCUGCCUCAGGUUGCUCACGGGGCAAUGGGAGACACACGUAUGAACCACGCACCAUGUAGCUCAUUAAGAGUGCCAUGAGUUGUGGUGAGAUGAAGGUAAGGGCCCUUUCUGCCCGGCCUCGGAAAAUGGAGGUCAUUCAGGAGGGGAUGGCUGAGCAGAGCCCCUGGGCCCACUGAGGUGUUCAACACACAGGUGAGGUAGGGAAGGGUGUUGCAGUCAAAGGGAACAGCACGUGCAAAGGCCCCGAGGCAUGGAACUGAACUUUGUGCGUGUCAUUAAAGACGUGUGCAAAGCAGCCCCUGGCCCAGCCAGCUACGAGGGGUUCCUGCCUCAUCCCAUCCUGCACCCCUCUCUUUCCUCCUGAGAAUAGGACUUAUGCCCUGACCUGGGUGUAGGACUCAGGAGUGAAGAAAAUGCACCUAUCCUGAGGGCAAGCCGCCCAACAAAAGAAUCAAGGGGCCUCGCACCACUUAUGCCCAGAUCCUGUCCCCGGGCUCACCAAUCAGAGACACUAUCUCUGUCUCUGGAAAGGGACUGGUGAAGGGUUGAGGGAAAGGUCAGAGUUACCUGUCCGGUUCCGUUUCCCCCUGGAAUGUCUUGUCACUUUGGGCCAAGGAGGUAUCAGGACCAGAGACCUGGGGCUCCCGGGGCAGCAGGCAAACGUGUAGAUUUUAUUUUAAUGCGGUUUAACUUUAAAUAUUGGGAAGUGCAGGGAGGUCCCAUCUACCCUUCCCCUGGCCUCCCGUAACGUUCACAUCGUAUACACCUGACCACACGGCAGUGACAGAAACCAACGGAUUUAUUUUGAGGGAACCCGGGGGAGCCAUUGAUUCAUAAGAAAAGCGGGGCCAUCGAGCCUGCGACAACACACUGAGCUGCCGCCACCGUGAUGAACCCAAGGGGCUGCGUGAUGGGUCAUCACAUCCAUCCACCUGUCCUUGCGCUGAUUUGCCAACAGACCCAGCCAUCCGUUUGUUCAGUGCGCAUUCAGCGCUAACUGCCAUGUGAGACCAGGUCCUGGGAAGCAGGAACAAAGAAGAUGCGGUCGGUCUGUAUCCCCCAGGACCUCCUGGCAACCGUGCGUCCCCAUCAAGUGCUCAAGGAACCCCCGAUGUUGGAAAACACUGUUGUAAUUACUGCCAUUCCGGCCACCAACGCCAGCCACGGAAUUGCCAGCCGUGUGGCGUCCUAUACAGCUGGUCCCUCACGUUGGUGUGGGGCCUCUCUUUGGGCGCUUUGUCCACCUUUAUUUUGGGACAACGCCGUCAGCUUUGGGCACUGGCACUACGAGGAAGAGGAGGGAUGAGCCAGGUGAGGCCGGGCAACAGCCAGCCGAACCUCACUGCUAAGCCGGCCGGAUGCUCUCGAGGCCACCCCUGAUCUCCAGGACGCUCCCCCCGGGUUCGGGGGCCCUGCCGCCUGUCACGUGAGCGCUCCGCCUCCUGCGUCUCAUAGCCUGGGCCUCGGCGGAGAGGCGACUGGGGAAAAUCCAUUAACGGAAGCCAAGGCAAUCUUUGUAGCAUAACACGGUGAUUCCGUAAUAAAUCAUCUUCCGAAGCCAGAAACCACUUAUUAACCGGCCUGGGGCUGGCACUUCCUGUCGCCUCAAGCCGGGUCGUUGCUUGGGGCUGUGAUUCCCUGGUGGUGCAUUUGCGAUGGCGGAUGAAGGACUCUGGCAUUUUCUUCACCUCCACCGUAGACCCCAGCCCUGGGAAGGGGCCACCCCCUCGCUGGGCCUGAUGUGGCCAGUGCCCAGUCUGGUCAGAUGCCCCCGGGGUGGAGGCUGCACCAGCUGGGGCGGCAGAGUGGGGUCAGGCAGGAACCCGGCACGCAGAAGCUGGGGUCAGGCCGCCCCCCACACCGGGAACCGCGCUGUGAGUGACCCGAGGCCUCCGGGGAGCGACCAGAUGGACCGGCCCGGCUGCCGCGGCAGAAAACAAUUUGUCAGAGGGCUGUCAAUAAGCAGCCACGGUGACCUUCUUUGGGACUGCCUGCCCAGGCUCUGCAGAACGGAAGCCCUGAGCCCGAGCGAGGAAAGAAGACAGCACAGAGGCACGCACAUCCCACUAAGGAAUAUUUAUAUCCCUCCCGACUGACCAACAGAGCAGCAGUGGCCCCAGGAUUUGUGGUUCCUUCCAGGGACCUGAGUUAGAAGCCAGAGGACUGUCUUCCUAUUCUAAGUCAUUCAUGGGAAUGUCUCUCUUCUGUAUAAUACCAACCAGGGGACCAAAGGAUGGCUCUUGACUAUCAGAAGCUGUACGUAUUGGCACGGGGUGGUGGGAAGAAGCUUGGGUCUGGAGUCCCAACGUCUUGGCUGGCUUUGCCCCUCCUAAGCUGUGUCACCUUGCACAAAUUACUUCGAACGUCCACUUCUUUACCUGUCUGAGGGUCUAAACACCUACUUGACAGUUUUGUUCUGACAGCCGAAUGAGCUCAUGGCUACGAAAGUGUUCUGCACCCCGUACGAUGCUUCCCACACGUCAGGGAUCAUGGCUGUUUGGAAAUGUGAUUCUCUCACUCAUGUGACUGACCACACCCUGCCACAGCUACUCAUUACACUCACAGUUCUCUGUAGCUGCCACCCAAGUUGGGUGAUGUGGCACCAUGGCAGGAUUAUCGUUUUUGCAGUCUCAGUGGUCAUCUUGAUAUUAUAGAGCUCCUGCGGAAGCCUGAGCUAAGGUGAAGGUUCUAACCUGUGCAAAAAAUUGCACACACGUGAGCACUUCCCUGGGAAGAGGGGCCAUGGGUUUCAUUAGAUUCUCAAAUGAAACUGGAACCCUCAAAAGCCAAGCACCCGUCGUCUAGGGGGAAAGGACUCCACUGAGGAACCCAGAGACCCAGCUCUGCCUCUAACUGGCUGGUGACUUUGAGGCCUCAGUUCCUGAUCUACAAAAUGGGUGCAGCCACAUGCCCUCCAGUAACCUUCGCAGUCCGGCAGCGGAUGAGUCUGUGGCCCCUCCCUGCAUGUGUCCGCCCCCAGAGAGGACACUCUUCCCGCUGCAGCAAACACUUGCUGGGUCCCUACUGUGCGGUGAGCUCUGGCCGGCUGGAAGCUCCUGUGCCCAGUCUUCUUGCUUCCUGAGCUGGCGAGCUGCUUUUAAGAGAUUCACAACUCUUGUUUAAUCCAGGGUGAAAUUCCAGGACCGGAAUGUGAAACUUUGUUGAGCACUAUCUACUUCUGAGAAUAGGGUGCUAGACACGUGUGACGUAUUUUAGAGACUCAACCUUUCUUUCUCUAUGUAGAUAGGGCCUUGCCGUGGAAAGGGCUCUGGGCUGGGAGCAGGGAGUCUGCCAACUGAGCUUUGCCAAACCCCCUCUCUAGGCCAUCGGUAGGCUAUAAAGAUUGCCCUAGGUAGCGAUAAUUCCUUACUGUGAUUUCGUGUUGGACUCACCUGCAGAGCUUUUUAAAAACCCAACGCACAUGCCCCUUUCCAGGCCUUGAAACCAGCCUAUCUUAGGUGGGCCCCAAGCGGGGAUCUUUAAAAAGGCCCCCAGUGAUUCCAAUGGGCAUCCAGGGGGAAAAGCAUCAAAUUGUCCCUUUCAGUUCUGCCAUCUCCUGUGUUAAUUAAAUUCCAAGAUGCCACUGGGGAUUUCUUCUGUGUUAGACUCAUUUAUUUUUGCUCCUUGCUAGGAAAGAAAUGUGUACUCAGAGUUGAUAGGAGGAACCUUCUCAUCUUUGGAACGUUUUUGACCAUGAGUCAGCUUUGCAACUUCACCUUUAGAGGCCCUUUUAAGCAGCUGAUGAUCCUUAGGAAAACGAAAUGCAUGACACCGUAGCAUUCAUUUCUAUGGUGGCAGAACCUGACGCUGAACUCCUUUUGGUGGCUGAUCACAGCACGCUUACAUGGGAGUUCGGAUAACAACUGGGUGAUGCAGUAGACAUCAAAAACGAACCUCUUGUGUACGGCCGAAUGCAUCCUAAAAUCUUCCGGAAAUAGAUACUCCAAAUCCACUGCUAUCUAUAGCUUUAUCAGUUUUGCAACCAAAUAGAAGCUGAUUUCUGUUCAGCAUUUGUGCCAGUGGCCAACUGUGUCCUAUCUGGCCUUGAAAUAAAUUCUUUGGGAAUUCUUGAUGCCUUAAGGAGGUGGACAAGGAAGACCCCUGGGACUCGUUCAUGUAUUUAGUCCUCUUCCCUGUUUUAGAAGAAUUUCUAAAAAAAGAUAGUGUGUGCCUUGGACCAAAACUUGUUUUUAAGAAGCUGGUAGGCUUAGGAUGGAAGGAUUGGCUUUCUUUAUCCCAUUGGAUCUGCCCUAAAUCCUACAGCUCUCAUCCCAAUCUGACUUUUGCAUCCAUGGCACAAAUGUAUUAUAUGGAGUCAUGGAAAGACUAAUGGGAGAACUGGUACAAAUCAAAGCAAGGUUUGCUCCAACACCAUUUUUUUUUGUCUUUGAAAAGUAUCAUCAGGCUAUGUCCACAGGUGGAUUGAUGCUGCAUUUAUAUGAUGGUGGAAUAAGGGGAAGGGAAGACAAAUGAAUGGGAUGGUUAAAAAUGGUGGAAAGCUUGAUAUCAACUCUGUAUCAAUAUAUUCUUUUCUAAGGUAAAGUAAUGUAAUACCAUGUUAAUGGAUAUGACGUCAAAAGUGAUGGGGGAAUAAAUAUCUAUGCAGUCACAGUAUAACUAUUAACUGAGACUUUUUCAAUGAGGGUGAAGACAAGGUCUGACUCGAAUGGAGAUCAUAGAAGGAGUUAUGGGCCAGAUACACUGGGUUUGGACUGUCCUCUGCCACCAACUGGUUGUGCAAGUUUGGAUGGUGUGCUUACCUCUCUCAAUCUCAACGUCCUCCAUGGAAAUGUCAGGGAAGGUGUGAGCCUUGAUGAGAUAGCACACGUUUUCUAAAGCACCUGCAUAUGUUGGCACUCUGCAGAUGUUGGGAACCUUUCCUCACCCCUUGGAAAAUGCUCUGAUGCAUUUCAGUGCCAUGGCUGGGCGUGUGUCACGAAGCUGAGUUGUGUGACUCCGUUGGUCUUCCAACUCAGAUUGUUCAGGUUUGCACAAUCCACUUUUGACGAGGAGGCAAGGAAGGGACCUGGGUGUCAUUGGCAAAGAUGAUGAACAAGGCUUGAGAAUUCAUCUUGGCAGAAUGUCCCUGUUCUCUCCAGUCUUCCAGGGUGACUCCUGGGAGGGUAUCGUGUGAAAACUGUGAAGCACAGACAAUAGUUUGGAAAUUGCAGACUUUCCCACUGGGUCCCAAAUGUACAGUGAUUCUACACCUUGCUACUGCUUGAGCAUUAAAGGAAUUUUAUAUUAUAUACGGCCAUUCAUAAACACAAGGGUCAGAAUUUUGGCAGAGUUCUGGCCCUCCCCUCAGUUAGAAGUGUGGAUUCGCAUGGGAGUGGUCUGGCAAAAGGAGCAGAACCCCUUUCCUUCUGGAUGCUUUUCAGCAGGAACCUCCCUUGGGUCCAGGAGAAGUGGCUGUCCCCCAGCUCCCGCCUUCAGCAAAUGAACAGAGCGCUCAGUCCCUGGAGACCCUCAUUGGAUUCCCAAUCAGUUGUGAAUCAGGCUCAAAACUCCCUUCUGGGUUUUCAAGAUUUGUAAUGAUUGCUCAAUCUUGUGUAAACCAGGCUGGCAUUUUCUCUUGUUACCAAGAUGUAUUUUUCUAUGUUAGUUAAAUGUAUAAUUUGUGUAAUUUUGUACAUUAAAAUGUAUGCUUUUUCACAAUUAAAGGUUUUUUUUUCCCUUUU